UGGAGACAGCAAAAUGUAAGACUGCACAGAAAGGACCCCAGAAGGAAUAUGGUUUGAUGUGUGUUGUAAAUGAUGGCUCGCCGCACACUAAAAGCAGUUCUCAUUGAUCUGAGCGGGACUCUUCAUAUCGAGGACACUGCAGUUCCUGGUGCACAAGAGGCUUUAGCGCGAUUAAGACAGGCUCCAGUUGCUGUCAAAUUCGUGACCAAUACCACAAAGGAAUGUAAAAGGACGUUGUUUGAGCGUCUGCGUGGGCUGAACUUUGACCUCCAGGAGCAGGAGAUCUUUACAUCUCUCACUGCCGCACGUAAUCUAGUGGAGCAGAAAGCAGUGCGCCCCCUGCUGAUGGUGGAGGACAGUGCUCUGGAGGACUUCACAGGUUUGGAAACUUCAGAUCCUAAUGCAGUUGUAAUAGGAUUAGCGCCUGACCACUUCAACUACCAGACACUCAACAAAGCCUUCCAACUCAUUUUAGAUGGUGCCCCCCUGAUUGCCAUCCAUAAAGCACGAUACUAUAAAAAGAAGGAUGGUUUGGCUUUGGGACCAGGCCCAUUUGUGACUGGAUUAGAGUAUGCCACUGACACAAAGGCCACAGUUGUGGGUAAACCAGAGAAAGGCUUCUUUCUAGAGGCCUUGCGAGAUCUCAACUGCUCACCAGAGGAGGCUGUGAUGAUCGGAGAUGAUGCCAGAGAUGAUGUUGGUGGGGCUCAGAAUGCAGGGAUGCUGGGAAUUUUAGUAAAGACUGGUAAAUACAGACCUGCUGAUGAGGGUAAAAUUAACCCACCACCUCACCUGACAUGUGCCAGCUUUCCAGAGGCAGUCAAUUAUAUACUUGAUCAUCUCUUAGGAUCUAAAUAAGUUAGGUUUAAAACAAUACAAAGGCAAAACAAAGUAAUGGUACCCUUAUGUAGCAUGUACAUUAUAUUGGUUAUCUGAGAAAAAUAUUAUAGAUUAAUAAAGUUGAUGUAUUCCUUUAAAAUUUAAA